GAGCUGUGUGGUGCAGAAUCAACUCGCUGUUCUGAGGCUUUGGCUAUCAUAUACCCCAGAAAUGCCUGCAAAUUUCAAUGGUUACUGGAAAAUGCUUAGCAAUGACAAUUUUGAGGAGUAUCUGAAAGCACUGGAUGUAAACAUUGCUGUGAGAAAAAUUGCCAACUUGCUAAAACCUGACAAAGAAAUCAUUCAGAAUGGAGAUCAUAUGAUCAUUAAAACGCUAAGCACUUUUAGAAACUACAUCAUGGAAUUUGAUGUAGGAAAAGAGUUUGAGGAGGAUUUAGCAGGGGUAGAUGAUCGCAAAUGCAUGACUAACGUGAGUUGGGAUGGAGAUAAACUUCUUUGCGUACAGAAAGGAGAAAAAGAAGGCCGUGGUUGGACCCAGUGGAUCGAAGGAGAUGAAAUGCACCUGGAAAUCAGAGUAGGCGGUGUCAAAUGUAAACAAGUCUUUAAGAAGGUACAGUGAACCUAACCCGCCCAUUGCUGAUACAGAGAUGAAGAAGAACAGAACGGAACGUGUGGACUUGCUACCAAAGCACCACCUGCUCUUAGUGCCCAAGUGUAUCCUGAACAUCUAGCGAGCAGACCCCCUGAACAUCUGUGCAAAUGAAAUUAGAACUGUGUAGCGCUGUCUCUGCAAAAAGGAUUUUUUUAAAGAAAUCAUUCUAACUAAACACAAUCAUUUUUAGAAAUGCCAAUUAAAGAUACUGAAAAUCAUAAA